AUGGCUGCAUCUAGAGAAUUUAUCAUCUGCUGCUUCUUAACACUUCUCUUAUGCAAUUUCUUCAUGAGAGUCGACUCUGGUUCUGCUGACAUCAGCAGAGGAGGAGGAUGUGGCGGCGGCGACGGUAGUCUCCGGGAUGAUAAUGAGCGGUGUGUGGAGGAGGUCAAAGAUGACGACGACGAUGACGUGGAUGAUGUUUACAAAGUCAUCAACAAAAUGAGGAUUUAUGCAUGA